AUGGCGGACAUCGAUGGGACAGUCGUGGAAGGGACCGCUGAGAUUGUUGAAAAUGUCAGUGAUUGUUUUCAGUCUCUCGGGAUUGAUGCUAAUUCCGUGGAUAUAAAUUCUUUUCGGAUAGAUGAGGGUGACAACAGGGAGAUUGUGGUACAGGAGGUAGAUGAAGGACAGCCAUGUUUGGUGUGUGGGGACCGAUGCUCAGGCUUCAGGCAACACAAGUGGAGGAGCACAUGUCAUACUUGCAAGUGUCCAAGAGAUGCUCAUGAUAUCUACAACGAGAAUUUUGUAAAUGUUCGGGACAGAUUGGGAUGGAAACGAGAGGAUGACCCAAACUCACAAGUCACCAAGGACCAAACAAUAAAGGAGGGGUACACAUGGGUGCCCCCUGGCCUCUCAAGUGAACAGAUCCAAGACUAUAUGGACCAGCUGCCGAAUAACAAAAUUCCCGCCAUCGGCUCCCCGGGGGAGAGGUACAGGGACCUCCAGCUCAUUCGUCAGUUGCCAAAACAGGAUCUUGCUGUCACCUAUAACAACAUGCUGGCUAACGCUAUGGAGAAAAAAGAGUAUAAGAUAUUCCAGGAGCUGCGUGACAACAUUGCCAUGGAUAUAGGCCUUGUCAAGGAGACUCCAGUCCUGACGGUGUGUUACAUGUGUAAGGGGGAGAUGGAAGAGGGAGACCUAGCUGUAUAUGCCAGUAAGAUGGGCCAGGAUGUAUGCUGGCACCCGGCCUGUUUUGUGUGUGUCCAGUGUGAAGAACUGCUGGUGGAUCUGGUCUAUUGUCUACACAGUAAAAAACUCUACUGCCAACGACACUAUGCUGAACUCAUUCGACCUCGGUGUCCUGCCUGUGAUGAGGUAAGAGUGCUCUCCCCUACAUCAUCUUUAUGUUUCAGCAUGGGAUGA